GCUAUCAAAUAGUUCCACUACAAAUUAAAUAAAGUAACGAUAGUCUUCGCUUUCUAUUCAUUUGAAAGGAGGACAAAAUAAUUCAUAUUUUAAACAUGAUCUCAAGACGUCGAAAUAAAGCACAUGUCGUAAAUGCUAAUUUUAAGGCAUGAUAAACCGAUUUCAAAUGACAUUUUUCAAGUGACAGUCAAAUUUGAGAUAAUAUACAUUAUCACAAUUAUCUUAUACUACAGACCCGGGGUUGUUAUCCUUUUUUCCCCCCACCCAGCCAUGAUAUACAAUGUUAUUUCUUUCCUCUAUAAAGUAAAACGUAACAAACGAAAAGUGACUAACGUUAGACAUAAUUCGAAAACAGGACCUUCAGCAGCACAUUCGCAAGCACUAGCUAAAAACAAUACACUUUAUAAAUAGUUUGACGUGGCAAGGACAAGAGAAGGUCCUGUUACAAAGAAAACAAAUGAUGAAAUGCACACAACAGACUUAAAGUAACGUUAGUGAAGUGUCAACAAGAAACGUGAGAAGAGGGGCGUAGAAGUGACAGGCUAUGAACAGCAUUGCUCCGGGUGAAAAACCUGAAGAAUGUGACUUAACAGCUUUUUCGUAAAAGACUUCUCACAAGUUACUUCAGCUGAUGCAUUCCCCUCAAGUGAACAAUGAAUGAAAAAACAGAUGAAAGAGACUUUUGGAGGAACUCUUGUCAACUUUGAGUGCUUGUUUAUCUUCCAGCAGAUGCUCAGAUGUCUCCUGCUUGCUGUUUUCUGGAUUUCACCUCAAACUAAACUUCACUCAUGGGCCUCUUUCCAGCCAUGUCCAAGUUCAUACGGAAGGGGAAGUGUCUGUUUCUUCUACUGUUGUGUCUUUGCGUUGUAGCGUGGAUAGCAACACUGUCAAAUGAUGACACAGUUGAGCCUGUCCAGGAGGGAUCAAAUCCUCCUGAAGAUAAGAGUGUCGAGGGGUUUGCUAAGCUGGAGCUGGAAUCAGAGAUGAUGCAGAGCAUAGAGGAGCGUGUAGAAGAGCAGGCUGCCAAAGAGAGCUGUCCAGAGCACUCGCCCCUGCUCCGAGGCGCUUUCAAGCUGUCAUUUGAUCCCUCGCUGAAGAUAGGGCAGGUAGAGAGUGAAAACGGGGAGGUGGUGGAGGGUCAAUAUAACCCCUCUGACUGUACGGCCAGGCAGAGUGUGGCCAUCCUUAUCCCUCACAGAAACAGAGAAAAGCACCUGCUCUACCUCCUCUACCACCUUCACCCGUUCUUACAGAGGCAGCAGCUUCACUACGCCAUUUAUGUCAUUCACCAGGCUGGAGAUGCUACAUUUAACAGGGCAAAGUUAUUAAAUGUUGGCUACCUCGAGGCUCUGAAAGACCACAGCUGGGACUGUUUCAUCUUCCAUGAUGUUGAUCUAGUUCCUGAGAAUGAUCAAAAUUUAUACAUGUGUGAGGAUCAGCCUAAGCACUUAGUAGUGGGGAGAAAUUCCACUGGGUACAAGUGAGUAAUGCAGUCUUCUUCAUUGAACAAACACAUUCUUAUCCAGGGCAAAUUACAAUACAUUCUUGGCACAGACAACAUCCGGGUUAGACGUGCAACACGUAAAUCAAUACAAGCAGUACUGUUUCUCUCUAAAAUACUAAAGCAACAAAAGUGCUGGGAGUAACUAAAAGCAGUGACACUACUAGUUUAUUUUUAUUUUUCAGCAGUCUGAUUUAG